UGCACUUCGCCUUAUUACUUUUUUCUCGCUAUUUGCAUGACAUACAUACAUACGUAUGUACAUACUUACAUAGGCAUGUAUGUAAGUGAAAUAUUUUCGAUGCCAAUAACAACGGUACUUUGCAUUUUUUCUUAUUUCUAUUCGAUUAAGAAAUUAAAAAAUGCUUCUUGUUUUUUAGUUUUAGUUCAGCAAGGAGUGAGUGCAGAUAAAAGUGCUAGUAAUAAUUUGAUGAUCAAUUUUAUAUACUAUAUUUAUUACUUGAAUUAAUUUCGGUUAUUACAUCGCUGCUAAUUAUUUAAAACAAUUAAAUAAUGGACCAGACAAUAAAUAUGUGUGAACCGUGUAUUGAAACGAUGUCAUUAUUUAAAAUGUGGGACUUAAGUGACGAUGUGUAUACUCUUUUAAAAGGUCAUGGAAUCACUACAUUCCUAAUUUUGAAAAAAAAUGGAAAUUGAAGAUGUAUUAACGCUUUUCAAUAAAUUUGAUACGAAUUUCUUUGGCGAAAUGUUUAAGUUCAAGGCGGGGCUUAAAGAAUGGCGAAAUAGUAUGAAAAUGCCACUUCUCUGUGACAGGGAGACGUUAUCGGAUAACAGUCGAAUUAUAGAUGGGCUGGAGAAAAUUUCAUCAAACUUGAGUGUUUCUAGAGAAUCUACACCCUCCGCUCAGUUGCCACCAGUCUCCUCAAUAAACAAAACUAGGCUUAUCAACCUUUUAAAAAGCACAGUAAAGGGACAGAUGGUGUUAACAUACAACGAAAAAUAUGGAUAUCUGGAUGCAAAAAGUCAAAGUACAAUAGCUCAUUGCAUUGUGGAUAGAUAUGUCGGAAACUUUGUGAAAAUGACAUACGCAGAAAUGCAGAAAUGGGCGAAUGCCAUCUCCGAAGUUUUCCCAAAAGAAAAACCGUUGUAG